AUGGCUGCUGCUCAACUCAAGCCCGGGCGGCCGCCGUACGUGCCCAGAUAUGUCGAUAUUGGCAUCAACCUAGCCGAUCCCAUCUUCAGGGGUGUCCAUCGUGGCACCCAGCGACACCCCGACGACCUCGAUGCCGUCGUCCGUCGAGCUCGAGAGGUUGGAUGCUCCAAGCUCAUGGUGACGGGCUCCGACUUUAAGAGCGCCCGGGACGCCCUCAAGCUGGCCGACGAGUACCCUGGCAUUGUCUACGCUACCGCUGGCAUUCACCCGUGCAGCAGCUCGUCGGAUCCUUCGGCGCCGAUUCCCGCGCACCAGAAGCCAGACCCGGCCAGUCACAAACACCUCGUAGCCGUAGGCGAGUUCGGCCUCGACUAUGAUCGGCUGCAUUAUUGCAACAAGGCUGUCCAACUGCACUCCUUUGCGUGCCAGCUCGACGUCGCCGCCUCUCUCUCGCCUCAGCUGCCCCUCUUCCUGCACUGCAGGGCCGCGCACGCCGACUUUGUCUCCCUGCUGAAAGCUUCGUUUGGCGACGGGUUGGAAAGACUGGAAAGGGGGGCUGUCGUGCACAGCUUCACGGGGACUGCGGAGGAGAUGGCCGAGCUGAUGGACCUCGGCCUCUACAUUGGCAUCAACGGCUGCAGCCUCAAGACAGAGGAGAACUGCGCCGUCGUCAAGGCCGUCCGCCUCGACCGCAUCAUGCUCGAGACAGACGGGCCUUGGUGCGAGGAACUGGCAGAAAGCAACGCAAGCAGCAGCUUGACGCGGGAGCAACAAGAGCCCCAGAAGCAACCCAAGAAGGGCCAAAAGAAGGAGCCCCAAGUGCCCGAACGAUACAAGGUUGUCAAGAAGGAGAAGUGGGAAGAAGGCGCCAUGGUCAAGGGCCGCAACGAGCCGUGCACCAUCGAGCGCGUGGCGAAAAUUGUGGCAGCCGUCAAAGGGGUCAGCGUUGAAGAGCUCUGUGAGGCGGCAUGGGGCAACUCGAUCAAGGUAUUUGGACUUGGAGAAAAGGGAUAG